UACCCGCGGCCACACUCCGCACAUUAACCAGUGAAAUUCACACAAUGUGCCAUGACAUCACUGCCCCUCCGGCUUAAAGAUGGACACCCAACUAUCUUUGGUGAUUCUUAUAUUCUUUUGACGCCCUCAUCACUCUAUCUCCUUCCUCAGUAACCUGAGCGCAGCACCCAUCUCUACCUGCACUCCUUGUUCCUCGUCCUCUCAGCUCCGAGGCGGUGUAGUACUGGAUAAGAUUUUGACUUCUCCUGACAUUAAGACUCCGGUAAGAAAAUCUGAGCAUUGGCCUGACACAGAUAUUUGGAUAUCAACGAAAUUUGGAGAACGGCUUACCCAACUCCCCUAGAUACAAGACAGACUUUCGAUCCACACUUUUUUGAAAUGAUGUCCUAUAUUAAACAACCUCACUAUGCAGUGAAUGGACUGACAUUAGCUGGUACAGGAAUGGAUCUACUGCACUCAGCCGUAGGUUAUCCAGCUACUCCCCGGAAACAGAGACGAGAACGAACGACUUUUACCAGAGCUCAGCUGGAUAUAUUGGAAGCCCUUUUUGCUAAAACCCGGUACCCGGACAUCUUUAUGAGAGAGGAGGUGGCUCUAAAGAUAAAUCUCCCCGAGUCAAGAGUACAGGUUUGGUUUAAGAAUAGACGGGCCAAAUGUCGCCAGCAGCAGCAGCAGAGCAGUGGACAAGCUAAACCUCGGCCUACAAAGAAGAAAACGUCCCCAGCACGAGAGACUAACUCAGAGGCCAGCACCAAUGGCCAAUACAGCCCUCCACCUCCUGGAACAGCAGUGACCCCUAGCUCUUCAGCUAGCGCCACUGUUUCUAUAUGGAGUCCAGCCUCAAUCUCUCCAAUCCCGGACCCUCUGUCUGCAGGCACAACCCCCUGCAUGCAAAGAUCUGCCGGGUAUCCCAUGACAUACAGCCAGGCUCCAGCCUACACCCAGAGCUAUGGGGGGUCAUCAUCUUAUUUCACUGGUCUAGACUGUGGCUCCUACUUAUCUCCUAUGCACCCACAGUUGUCAGCUCCUGGGGCCACACUAAGUCCGAUUGCCACCCCUACCAUGGGUAGCCAUCUAAGUCAGUCUCCGGCAUCACUUUCUGCACAGGGAUAUGGGGCUUCCAGCCUUGGCUUCACCUCAGUGGAUUGCUUAGACUACAAAGACCAAACGGCCUCUUGGAAGCUUAAUUUCAAUGCCACUGACUGCCUUGAUUAUAAGGACCAGAGCUCUUGGAAAUUCCAGGUUUUGUGAUCCAGAAAGGAGAGCGGCCAUUAUCAUCAUGGGGAUCUUUACAUGUCAGUGCGAUUCGACAGGAGUCACCCUCACAGGAAACUUGAUUCUGCCCAGAAAAAAAACUAACGUACAACCAAUAUAAAGCUCCUUAUUCUCAUUUGCUCUUAUUGCUGGUGGCAUUUCAAAGAACUGAAGCUUAAACAGAAGUUAUUUUUAUUUAAUGAUCAUUUAGGGUGCAGGUUGUGUUUUAUUUUCAUUUGAGAGGUGAUAAUCCCUAGGCUAAGCAUGCAUAAACCUGGUGAAGACACAGGGGGUUUUAGAAAUGCACUUUGGUUUGAGGUAAAAAUUCUGCAAACCCUAUUUCAGAGGCUGUCUGAGUCUAACUAAACCAUGGUCGAAUACGUUGGACCCUCACACCUGGGUUCAGAUGAUCUGCUUUCCACCACAUACAUAGUCGAGUUCAAGAAAAAUAUAUUUUAAUAAGUGAUUUCCCGUUACCCGGCCACCAACACAUUUACGGCCCUGAAGACAGGACUCAUCAUCUAUAUUUAACAUUAUUUUUUAAAUCAAAUCAAGAAAUGAAGUAAAUAAUCAAUAUUCUAGUUUACAGGGUUAAUCAGGAAUGGUUUUGUGGGCAGUAAGAAGGUUCCAUAAACAGACUAUAUCUGUACAUUUAACUGGAUUUAGUUAAGGAGGAAGUGAAACAAGGACUCGGGAAGGUUAUUCUAUAUUUUGUAAAUAGUACAUGUUCCGAUAAAUCCUGCCCUCAAAGAUCAAUAUAUUAUUUAUUAUGAUUCUUGGAGAUUUUCUUUUAGCCGCUAUCAUGUGAAACCUUCCAGCGAUCCAGCAGGCGAUCACUAUGCCUUGUCUUCUAAAUGAUCUUUUUGGAGAAGAGAAAGCUCUUCAUAAGAGUCCACAAAACACAGCCAGCAGAGGGUUUUCCUAAUAAUGAAGUUAACAAAUAGACGAUGAUGAACGCCACCACAACAGGUGAUAGAUGAUAGAGAUAUUGCAAUAUUACAGGCCAAUAACACUUGUAAAUCAAACUAAUUUAUUUGACAAAGGCUUCUUCUUGAGCCCACAAAAAGAGCUUACCAUGUUCCGUACCGUCUAUGAGAAAGAUAUUUUCUUUUUGUUUCUGUUCUUCGUUUUUGUUUUAUUGUGUAGCAUUGUGUGUGUUUGUGUCUGAUGGAGGAAACUGAUGCUAACUUCUUAACAAAGAAACAGAGAAGUUGUGGAUUUUUUCCCUUUAGAUCUGUACUGUUAAUUAUUAAAUAUUGGUAUUAUUGAAAAACCAAACGUGGAAUAUGAUUAAAAUAUGACAUUGAA